GUAGCCUGGUCCUGGUUUCUGGAGAGCGAUGCCGCUUCCCGACACCCUGUUCUGCGCGCAGCAGAUCCACAUUCCCCCGGAGCUGCCGGACAUCCUGAAGCAGUUCACCAAGGCUGCGAUCCGCACCCAGCCCGCCGACGUGCUGCAGUGGUCGGCGGGGUAUUUUUCAGCUCUGUCAAGAGGAGAUCCACUUCCUGUAAAGGACCGAAUUGAAAUGCCUGUGGCCACUCAGAAAACAGACACAGGCCUCACUCAAGGACUGCUUAAAGUUUUGCACAAGCAGUGUGGCCACAAGCAAUAUGUGGAAUUAGCCGACCUUGAGCAGAAAUGGAAAAAUUUGUGCCUGCCAGUAGAAAAAUUCAGAGCUGUCUUGCAGCUGGAUCCUUGUGAACACAAAAUGGAGUGGAUAAAAUUUUUAGCACUUGGAUGUAGCAUGCUUGGUGGGAGCCUCACCAGCGCGAUGAAGCAUUUGUGCGAGAUCCUGACCGCUGACCCCGAGGGCGGGCCCGCACGCAUCCCGUAUGAGACUUUCUGCUACGUCUACCGCUACUUGUCCGAACUGGACGCGGAGAUCCCUAUCGCGGAUACGGAGGUGUACCUCGCCUCUCUAAAGGACAGCGUAGAAUCUAGAAAGAAUGGCAUGAUAGGAAUUUCAGAUUUCUUCGUUCUAAGGAGUAAAAUGUAGAAAACCUUGAAAAGAAAACUCAGACGUACGCCAUCAAUACAGAGGAGAACAUAUUUUGAUGUCAAAAGAGGUGGUCUGUAAAACCUUGGCACCAAUUACAAUCUGUCGUUAACCACAUACAUGAGACCGUGUGAGUUUUUCUGGUAAUGGGAACGUAGUGGAACUGAUGGGUGUCCUGGGGGCCUAAUUGAAUGCUUGCUCUUCACUGCGUUCUUGUAAGAACCUUAAAGGUAAACCACUCGUAGCAGUAAAAUGAUCCAUUUGAGUCGAACAAUCCCCUUGGAUGCUACAGAGCACAGAGGGGGCUGUUCAAAGGGGCUGUUCUUUCUCUUCGUUGGAAACCCUUGACCAGCAGGAAGCAGACGCUUUGCUCCCUGGCAGCCGUACCUGAGACUUGCUGGGAAGAGCGUCUUCUGCCGAAGCUGGCUAUUCUCUGGGAAAAGCAGGCCUGGACACUUGUGCCCUUUCCAAGAGCAGCUGUGGCUGCGAAGCAAACCGGACAAGCAGUGUGGACCAGCGCGUGGUCCACUCAACAGGAAUGAGCGUCCAGGGUCCUUCAUUGGCUUUGCUCAUAUACAGUCUUCAAAAUGACAAGGCCAGUUAGUACCUCGUACGUCAUUUUCUGAGAGCUUGGGGAUGGUUCGGCUUGUUGGUUCUCUGCAGAUUGGCCGUCAUGCUAAUGUUUUCGGUGUUCCAAGACUUACAAAAGCCCGAAGUUGUGAGAAGUGUUUUGCUAUUAUCUAAAAAAGUAUUUAGUUUUUCGCACUGAGAUGCGUAAAGUAUAUUUUCCAUUAAACUGGACAUUAAACUACCUUAUUGGGAUGAUCAUUUGCUUGGACUUUUUGGUCGCCCUCCCCAUGAAUAGACAGCAUGCAGAAAGUAUUCAAAAAUUUACAAGUAACUUUUCAGAAUUGGAAUUUUUAAAAGCUUUUACAAUUUUUAAAUUGCUUUAAACCUUCUAAAAAGUUGACUUCCCCAAAGAAUUUAAAUAUUUUUUCCCCUAAUUGUAAUGCCUCAGUAUAUGGGGAUCAGAAGAAGAGAAACCUUCGAUUUUUCUAAAGAGCAAUUAUAAGUCCCAUAGAGUGAAUAAGUGUGCCGAGGGCAAGAAUGGCCGCAGCAGAAAGGGCUGCACGAAAGAACACAGAACAGCAACGGCUCCCAGACUUCUGUCCACUUGGCCCAGACCUGACAAAAGGCACAUCACAGGUUUUGUGUUUUUUUUUAAAGCCGGAAAAUCAGCCACCUCAGGAGAGCACAUGUGCAAUAGAGAGUACACAGGACAAGUGCAUUUUAUGGAGAGACGCUGGCCUCCUAUCAGGAGACUGAAGAGGGAAAUUUUAAUAUACUGAGUGAACAGCUGUCCCUCAGGGGACAGUGAAGGGACCGAGGACUGGGCCUGGGCUCCGUGGGCUGUGACACUGGUCUCUAGAAGGAAACCCCUUUGCAUGGGUUGAGCUGCCUGGAGCGCCUCUGGGUACUGAGACACCCUCAGAGGUCUGCUGGGUUCCCAGGUGAACAAAAAGUGAGGCCAGAAGCUGAAAGGGACAUGUGUUCUGCCCCUGUCCCCUUGGAUGUCCCUCUAGUGCCAGAUUGUUGCCAAAAUCAAGCAUGGAGCUAGUGGGCAAGGAACUCUGAGCGAUGACGGGCACAAAGAAGCUUGUUGGAAAGACAUGAAGGAAACUUAACACGCAUGUUACUUAGUGAAAGAAGCCAAUCUGAAAAGGCUUAACAGUGUAUGGGUCCAAUGACAUGACAUUCUGGAAAGGGCAAACUGGUAACAGUAAAAAGAUCAGUGGUUGUGGGGUGGGGGGGAUGAACAGAUGUAUCACAGAGGAUUUGGGGGGCACUGAAAAUAGUCCGCAUGAUGCUGUACUGAUGGGUACACGUCAUUGUACAUUGUCUGCAUCCAUAGAAGGGACAAGCCCAGGGGGAGCUCUAAGGCCAGCUUGGGUGAUAAUGGCUUGGGUGACACCGACGUGUCAAUGCAGGUUCAUCGGUUGGACCGGAGGUGCCGCUCUGGUGGGGAAGCUGACAGUGGGGGGCUGGGCCUCUGUCUGUGCAGGGGGAGUAUGGGAGGAAGUACUGACACACACUACGCCAUGGGUGGGAGGAAACCUGCUCUGGCCUUAGUCCCUUGUCUCAGAAGGUGGGUCUUUCUAAGGAUGACUUUGUCAUGGAACUCCAAAUGGUAUUCCCUUUGAAAGAAUUGCUUUGGUCCUGAUUUGAGGCCCCAAAGUUCAAACAAAAAGAACUUGACACAGAAGCAUGAACUGGCCUUUGUCUAGUUGACGCCACCUGAACACAUACAACAUGGGGAGUGGGGGGCUGGGACGUGACCAAAAUGCAAAUUCUGCUUCUGAGCAUAAACACUCUUCUCAACAGCCAGAUCCAAGCUGGGUUUCCAGAAUAUUCUUUAGAGUUGACUCAGGAUCAGCAGAGUUAGAGUUGGUUGUCCACCCAAAUCCUGUCCCCUUACUGCUGGCCCACGGGCUGUCCCAGUGAGGAAUGAGUGGGAAAAAAAAACCAUGUGGAGUCAGUACAGCUAAGCUAACUGAAAAUGGAGUCUGUAAGUCAAGCUGCCACAACUGCUUCAGACUACCUGGGCUGAAGCAUGAGGAAAUGGCUUUACUUUCGCUAGCCUGAGGACUUAAACUUUUGAACUUUUCAGUUGGGCAUCAAUGUCUAGACAAAGUCCUGGAGAGGGUUACCCCUGGAGGACUUAGGAAAGGCUGUCCAGUGUCCACAUUGCCUGACAUCCAUUACCCAGACCACCAGGCAUCUGGAAGUUCACCAUCUUGGACCACUCCAGGGGCUAAGAAGGCAAAAUUGAUUCUUCCCGAGAAUUCUUUUUACUCUAAGAACGCUCAACUUUUUACUUCAGAACACUCUGGGUGUUACCUGGUAAGUUUGAUUUGCAAAUUCUAAGACCCUUGAAUAAAACACUGUCAUUUUGGAGUUUAGCAAAGCCUCCUGCUUCGUUUAUACUUAGUGGACACCAGCAAAGAAUGGGGAAGCGGCCCCUUAGAUCUGACACCACAGUGAGAGCUUGGUGCUCUGUCCCCACCCUUCCCACAAGGUCCCAGAGGUUGUACCCUUGUAUUGACUGCCACCACUGGGGCCUCGAGUGCCCCGAGAGGCUGGGCUCCAUCAAGGUGGAAAAGGAACGAGUUUUGUAACCAGACAAAAAGGGGGAGGCACACUUCUGUCCCAUGUUUGUCCAGGAGCCCCCAGUAUCUUGAUCUAGCACCUAAUUAAGGUACCAUGCUGCUCUGUGCCCACACUGGAUGGUUUGCUCUCAACUAGAUUUUCAGUAUUCAGACAGAUGACCUCAUCUCAUUAAAGAGAACACUUUUCCUGUUCUCAUGCUGAGUUGGACUCUUUCUGUGACACAGUGGAAUCAUGUUUAUUCUCCUUCAGACCCUGCAAUUAUUUAUUUUUAAAAUAGCCAUAGGAAGUUUGGCUUUCAAUCAGGUUGUUAACUGUUUUUGGGAAGUUCACUCAAAUGGUUUAAUUAAUAACUGCAGGAUUUGCUGUAUCAUUAACUAAUCAAUGUGUUGGAUAAAAUAUACUGUUCAAGUGACUGGAAUGUUUAAACAAAGCUUGAGAGGGACACCAGUGAAUACAUGCUUUACCUGUGUGGAGACUGGGGCGGAGUCCCCGAGGACCUGAUGGGACUCUUAGAGGUUCAGGCAUGAGGGACCGUGUUCUGUGCGUACGCCGAGAGGAGCCAGAUGGCCCCGUGGGGAUUCGUCACCUCAGGAGACAAGAUUUUUCCAACUAAAGCCACUUCAAAAUAGGCUUUGACAAUGAUGGAGCCUGAGCAUUAAAACAAAAACCCCUGGUAGUUGUGAGGCGUGGGUUUGGAAAUAUCUGCUUUCUCUUGAUUCAGGGGAGUGAGUCGGGGGGAAUCAGGAUUGGAAAUGCCACGAGAUGCAAAUCAGCUGAUGGGACUUGGGCCUCAUGGCUACAGGACAUGUCUGUCCCAUGGAAAGUCACGUCAGAAGUCUGUCGCUGCGGCAGUAACCAGCGAAUUACUUGGUUUUCAGCCUCUCUGUGUCUGUCAGCUUCUGUAGUUUUCACUUUAAAGAAAGUGGUUUUUGUUUUGUUUUGCUUGAUGUUCAUGAUGUGUAAGGAAGAGAAAAGGUGGCAGUAGAGACGAUUCUAGAAGUCUGUGGUCACCUCGCAUGAUGGGAUUCUCGGGGGGCUGGGCAGGGCCAGUAAUUUUGUUCAUAAAAUGACUCAGAUACAAGUCACCCAUUUAAUUUAUAAUUAGCUGCUAUUUCCUGGCAAU